AUGUCGGCAUACAAGCGAUCCCAUAAUAUGAUGAUCGAUCUUACCAUGGGUCAUGACAAAAUUUCAGAAAGCGAGGAAGUCUCCAACAGUACCUGCCCAAAUAGGCCAAACACCCCAAAGCGUCGUAAAGGACCUAUCCAAAUCAAAGAUCUACCAAGAGGUCUAAUCGCGGUUACUGAGUUAUCUAUCUUCAAAGAAAAGAAAGCAGAGAGUAAUGAGCUUCAAGAAAUAGCUCUAAACAUUGGAGGCUGCGUCGAAAUAGAAAAAGGGACUAUUCUCGAAGGAGAGACAAAGCCACAGACAGUAGCGUAUUUUGUGAGGAUUGCAAAGAUCUUGACCUGUCACGAAGGACAGUACGUUGUCGGCAAGCUCUUCAAACGGGUUCGUCAUGGUUACGGUCUUUUCGACAAAAUUCCUGGCGAGGUAUUUUGGCUUAGAGAUAAAGUGACCGUAAGCGUUAAACAUAUAGUCAGAGUCAGGGAACUAGUGUUAACUAAUCAUACGGAACUAACUUGUGGCGGGAUCCUACCCCGAGCUGACUGCGCGACACAGAAGACAGAAAGAUGGCAAGACGGUGAGGAUUCUGGCAGACUCAUCUGUCGGCGUCGUGCGAAUUUACGGGAUAAUGCUGAAGAUAGAGAAGGUUCAGCGAAGCACGUAAUAGGUGACGAAGGGUUCGUAAGGCUGUUAGAAGAAUUUGAAGCAGACGAAGCUUUUAGGUAUCCUCGAAAGUUAAUUAAAAGCCUUUGGACGUCUGAGAAGGACGAAGCUGUUGCUAUUGAAAAGGCAGAAAUUGAAGAGAGAGCCAUUGACUUAACUAUUCCGAUCUCAGAGGAGUCAAAGUCCUGCUCUUAUACUUCAAAGAAGAUAUAUAAAAGAACGACAAUUUCUGAAUCACACACCGGAGAGAAAAUUACUUUUAUCGUGCGUACCUCAAAGUCGGUUAAAAAACAAAAUACUAUUGCGAGUAGAGCCCCCGGGCUUCAGGAACCAGUCAAAAAACACCAAUAUACAUUCGGCGAUUUCUUUUGCGGUGCGGGGGGUGCAUCCUGUGGUGCCAAAAUCGCAGGCUUGAAAAUUGCCUAUGGAGUAGAUAAAUGGGAAGACGCUCUCAUGUCUUACGAGCGGAACUAUGGUAAAAGCAAGGCUAUCAAAGCAGAUAUAUGUGAAUUCGCAGCAAACCCCCUCAGUGUUAGCCUACCAGCGUCUCGACUUUACGCUGAUGUUAUCCAUCUGAGUUGCCCUUGUCAAUUUUAUUCCCCAGUCCAUACCGUCCCAGGGAAAAAUGACGAGAUGAACGAAGUUGCGUCCUUAGUAGUUGACAGACUGUUAAAGGUCGUUCGUCCAAGGGUAGUUACAUCUGAACAGACCUUUGGGAUCAACUCGGCCCGAAAGUUCAAAGAUCACUUUGCAAUAGUCAUCAAUCAAUACGUCCGCAAUAACUACAGUGUACGAUGGGCUGUUAAAGAUGCGACGGAAUAUGGAGCUGCCUCGGCGAGGAAAAGAUUAAUCGUUAUUGCUUCAUGCCCCGGAGAACCAGUCCCCAACUUCCCGCCACCAACUUCGUUUAAUCCCUUCCGUAUGCGUGGCGGAUUGAAUAGUCAAAACCUUCCCACAACUCCAACAAUUGGACAAGUUCUCUCCACCAUUCCAGCAAAUUCUGACAAUCACAGUUUUCGACCCUACCUACAUCCAAAGCCGUCUCCAUUCCGCUUAGACCAACCAUUUAACAAGACUAUUACUUGCGAUGGAGGUGAAGGCAAGGUUCAUCCAAACGGAAAAAGACCCUUCACCCCUCGGGAAUAUGCCACUUUCCAGACAUUUCCCGUAAAUUACAUGUUUAGCCGUACCAGUGAUACCAGCAUUAUUAAGCAAGUUGGAAAUGCUUGGCCACCCAAGUUUGCGGGGGCUAUAUACCGAGCUAUUGUCAAGCACCUCGAGAGACUUGACAGAGAAGCGGACGGACAAGAGAUUCUUUAA